UGAGGUGCCAAUAAAGUUUGUUUGGUUUGAUGUGUGACGUAGAGUGUGCCAACUGCGCAUGCGUGGCCGUACACACGUGAAGCAGACAGCAUGGCGGAGAAACAAGAAGUAGCGUUGGACCGGUCACAGGUGAAAAAGGCCGUCCAAGCCUUGCAGGCUUUCCUGAAAACCAAGUCAACCAACGAGUCCCUGCUCCUGGACGACGCUCAGAAGAUCAGCCUGCUCUUCACCCUCUGGAAGAUCCCCAAAAAUUCGCAGACCAUCCGCAUUCCUCUGCCUCAUGGCCAGCGGACUGACACAGAUGAGGUCUGCCUGUUCACCAGAGAUGAGCCUAAAAUGACCUCCGAGCAGACCCAGAGGUUUUAUAAGAAGCUGCUGGAGGAGAGGGGAGUCAAAAACAUCACUGAGAUCAUCCCAUACAAGGUCCUGAAGACAGAGUACAAACCAUAUGAAGCCAAACGCCGGCUGCUGGGGAACUUUGACAUGUUUCUUUCUGACGACCGCAUCCGCCGCCUGCUGCCAUCCCAGCUCGGAAAACAUUUCUACCUGAGGAAAAAGGAGCCGCUGUCUGUGAACCUGCAGAGCAAAAAUCUGGCCAGAGACAUCCAGAGUGUCAUCCAGGGCACCAGCUUGAAGAUCACCAACAGGGGCUGCUGCUGCAUGGCACGUGUCGGCCACUCCGGUAUGGCCGCAGACGAGUUGACAGAAAACAUCGAGGCCGCUGUCCAGACAGUGGUGACCAAACUACGUUUGAAAGGACCAAUGCUGAAGCUCAUCCACUUAAAGAGUCAAACAUCAGUGGCCCUGCCCAUCUACACCUCAGACCUGAGCAACCUCAGUGUGAUCGAAAAGAGAGAGAAAAACCCUCAGACUCCCAAGAAGAAGGGAGCUGCACCUGAAAUACAGGCAAAGAACAACAAGAAAAACACAAAGCAAACAGAUACCACCACAGAGGGAGAGGAGAAAAAGGCGAAGGUGGAGGAAGAAGACGAAGAAAUUCCACAGCUGGUUCCCAUAGCAACACCUAGCAAAAAGCCCAAACUGGAGAAGUCACCUAAAAAGAAACAGCUGGGGAAAGUGUCCAAACCUGCCGCAGCCAAGAAGAGAGGAAAGGCACCAAACAAACCGACCAAGAAGGCAGGAAAGACCGAGUCCAGAAUCAAAAGAAAAGUGAAAUGAUUCUCAGCAGAGCGUCUUUGCACAUUACCCUCCCAACAUGGACUUUUUUACACAGUACACAGAAUCACAGCAUUCACAGAAUGGUCAAUAUAUUCAGUCGGUUUGUUUUUUUUUCUGGAGUGAAGCAGAUUUAUAAAUGUUAUUUGAAAUGA